GACUACCGUUGUGGUCCGGACCACGCCGUUUUCAGGUGUGGUCCGGACCACCAAGUUCAGAAGACAAAUAAAUUUUAAAUUUUCAGCUACUUCUUCCCCUAAUUUAGAAUGAAUUCUUUCCUUUGCCCUUUCUUCUGUUGCUUUGUAGUCUCUAGUACAUUUUUUCUUAUUCCUUAGAAGCUGUUCAUAACCACCCUGAGACAUAAUGACGAAAGUUGGUAAAAUUAUUUUUCACUUCCCUCGUGGCAGCUCCCGCUUUUUUACAUGCGUUAGAACUGGUAUCUUUUAUUGCGCGUGUGUUUUACGCAUGCAUUUCUCUUCCGGUUUGAGAAAAAAUAACAAAUGAUGUACGACUUUGUAAAAAAACUCGUAUUAAAUGACAAACACAGUAUGAUUUUGGUAAGUUUUUAUUUAUAUCGUAAUAUAAUACAGCAUACGGUGAACCGGACCACAAUCCAGGAAAAAUAAUUAAUUAAUGCCCUCGUUUUGUAUGGAAAAUACGGUGAUCCGGACCACCGCGUACCGCGUCAUAUAUAUAUAUAUAUAUAAUUUACCAGCUUAAGGUCGGUCCAUAUCGUGAAAUACCGUGACCUCGGCCUUGAAAAUACUGACCUCGGCCUAGGGGCCUCGGUCAGUAUUUUCAAGACCUCGGUCGCUGGAACUUUUUUUUUUAAAAUACACACACACACGCGCACACACACUUUGUGUCAUGAGGGCUCCAUAGUUUACUACUUUUCACUUUUAAAAAAACUGACAAAAAGAGAGGAAAAAUGUAUGAAGAAAACCUGCAUACAUGGACUUAAACUGUAAAAUAAAUUUAUACUCAGAUAUUGGGCCCGUUGUUAGUCGGAUGUUAAUAUUCUAGUUAUAUGUUUAUUGGAGCAAUACAGAUUUUUAUUUCCACCUCCAGAAUAUAUUGGGUUUAAGUUGAUAUUAUUUAUAGGCUUUGUCAAAGUUGAGGUUUAGUUCAAGGCAUCUGUCUAUUAAUGAUGGAACAUUUUAUUACUGAAGCCAUCCAACAGUCUGUUAAUGAUGUCUGUAAUAUGGCCAUAAAGGCAAAGUUUAAAGUGGGUCACAGAAGUGAGCAGUGAGUAGCUGCAGAUGUGGGCGGUGUAGUCACCGAGUGCCAAAAUGAGUCACUGACUGGGAAAUAAAAUCCUGUAGUGUGCACCUAACGUUAGUGGGUAUUCACUACAGCAGUCCAGUAGUUUUGCAGUGCUUUGUCUUUUGGAAAUUGACAUAUAUUUUAAUUUUCCUAAAGCAGGUUUGUUCCUGUCCUGAAGGAACAGCCAACAACUGAACAGCAUGAUCCUAAUUUUAAUCUGUGACUGGAGAAUUGGCAGCAUAACGAAAGUGGAUUUCGUAAAAGCACAAGAUCAUGUCUUCAUGCCAUUCGAGAUGCCGUUCUGCGUCAUUGCUGGAAAGAGGCUGCACAAUAUUUAGGAGCUUACACUCAGACACUGGAAGACACCUCAAUGAGCAAGCAGUCAGUAGCUUGUGAGAUUAUUUGGAGACUCGGCACUGAGGUCCUCCGGCAUCAUCCAAGCAAAGAGUUGGAAAACUUGAAUGCUUUGUAUGAGCGUAUGAAAAGCACUGGAGUGAAAAAUUAUGCUAAGAUCUGUUUGGAACACACUUUCCACCUUCUGUUGAAUGGCCAUAUUCACCAAGCCAAACAGCAGCUGUCCGUUGCAAUGAGCUGGAGGUAUGGCAAGCAGUCUGCAAGUCAGUCCCUGGAGUUAAAACUCAUCCACGCGUACUGCGGCUUUCUGGAUUAUUUGAUCUGGUCUACAAAGCGGGCGUCCACAUCUGAUGCAGAGGUUUGCGGAAAUAACGUUGACAUGCACAGCUACUUCAAACAAGCCUCUGUGACCCUGCAGGAAAUCAUCAAACAGCCAGGAGUGUGGGACCCUUUUGUAUGCAGUUGCAUUGAUAUGCUAGAAUUCUACAAUGAUGAUGAAGAAGCUCUACAGUUACUGCAAAACUAUGCCUAUGGCAAAGAUUAUCCAUCAAACCCCAAUGCUCAUAUUUACUUGUACAAACAUCAGAAAAAACAUAAAGCUUCACCAGCCCAACUUAUUAGGACUCUAAAGGUGCUGCACUCAUUGGUUCCUAGUCAUGAGUUGAUGCUGGAAUAUUGCACUCUGUUGAGGAACUUGGGAGAGAAGAAAAAUCUACAGCACGCUCUUAGUGUUGCUAUGAAUCUUCUAGAAUACACCUGCUGGAAGACUGAUGUAAACGCAUGGACCUGUCUGCUAGAGAUUCUCAAGUGCCUCAAAAAAAGCGAUCUUUGGAAUCUCAUAAAAGAAGAGUGGGGAAGAAGAAGAGACCUCUGGUUGAAAAUGCAUUAUAAAACCUUCCACGGCAGGAUGGAUCUGAAAAAGAACACAAAACUCAUUUAUGUCAAAAUCAAAGUCCUUCAACUCUUUGGCGUAUAUAACAGCCGUUACAAUGUGAUAUACUAUCAAGAAAAGAAGAAGAAAAGGACUCAAGCAUAGCACACAUUGUUUUGAAGGAACAACAGAAAAGUGCAGGUUGCUGUCCUUCUGAAAAAUUGUCCUGCAGUCAGUUUUUUGACUCCUGGGUCUCUGCUUCCUAUAAAUGAAGAUACAGUGAUUUUGCUCUGCAGCCAUCGAGUAUUGCUUGUGUUUCAUGGUAAAACCGAACACUGAGACUGUAAAAAGGUGAAACCAUGGAUAUUGACUUCGGAGUUGGGUGCCUUAUAUGGAAACACAUAUUACAUAUGAUCUAAACUUGUUCCAUUACAAAUUCAACCAUAAAGGUGUUUUAUAUUUGUAUGUUUGAUAUAGUUAAUAAAAUAUCAUUUGGACAUAUAAAACCACAA